AUGGGGUCUUUAUACCUAAACAUGUUUAAAGGCUGGUGCUUCUCUACAAAUUUACAGCACCAUCCUAAUGGGAGAAUAGUGGUGGCCUGGAACCCAAUGAGUUUUGAUGUCGAUAUUCGAGGUGGUUCUAACCAAUGGAUGCAUUUGAUUAUCCAAUGCAAAAAUGGAACUCAGUUUGCUUUAACAGUUGUGUAUGCCUUUAAUGAUAUGAAGGGCAGGGAUCAGUUAUGGAUGGAUUUAGAUCGACUAGCUCAUGGUAUUAAUAUUCCUUGGAUUGUUAUGGGUGAUUUUAAUGCAGUUUUAGCUCCAUCUGAUAGAUUUCCUUAUAGAGGUAAUGGUUCAGAGUUAGUUCCUUUCCAAAGAUGUGUGGAGAAUUGUAAUCUAGCUGAUGUGAAGUUUUCGGGCUCUUUCUUCACUUGGAAUAAUAAACAAGCUGGGAAGGACCGAGUGUAUGCUAAACUUGACAGAGUUUUAGCUAAUAAUCGCUGGGUGGAGACAUUUAAUUCUGUAGAAGUAGUUUUUUUCCAUGAAGGUGACAUGGAUCAUUGUCCUUUCAUGGUGAAUUUUGGGUCAACUCCUGAGACCAGGAAACCUUUUAAAUUCUUUAAUUUCUGGUGUAAUCUUGAUGGGUUUCAGAGAAUAGUGACUGAAAGCUGGGCUAAGGAUGUAAAGGGAACUCCAAUGUACUGCCUAAUUUCAAAGCUAAAAAGACUUAGAGUAGAUCUGAGACAUCUUAACAGAAAUGGGAAGGGUGAUGUGUUUGUUCAGGAGAUGCAGUUGCUUCAAAAGUUGCUUGAUAUUCAGGGGAAGCUUCAAGAAGACCCUGGAAACAGCCAACUGAUUGCAGAGGAGAUCACUAGAAGGAAGGAGUAUCAGGAAGCUAACAACAAUAAGAUCCAUUUCCUCAAGCAGAAGGUCAAAGAGGAGUGGUUAAAACAAGGAGAUGAGAACACAAAAUUAUUUCAUAAUAGUAUUCGGCACAGAAAUAUUCAGAAUGCCAUAUACUCUAUUUGGGAUAUGAAGGGUAAUUGGUUGGAUAAGCAGGAAGAUGUGCAACAAGCUUUUAAGGAUUACUAUACUGAGUUACUUGGCACAGAAAUGAGUGGGAGAAGAUCUGUUUUGAACUCAGUAGUUGAUAAGGUUCAAGGAAAAGUGGCGAGAAAUUGGUACAAAACGGGAGUGAAACGAAGAAAAAUGCAAAAUUCGUGA